AUGCUGGCCAGGAAGAAAUCGUUCACCAGUGCCAUCAUCGGGGCGCUGGUGGCGCUCUCCAUCAUCGCCCUGGUUCUCAGCCUGGUGAGGGUUGAAGAUGUGACGCUGCCUCCCACGGUCAAGUAUGGGAUGGUGUUUGAUGCGGGCUCAUCCCACACCUCUCUGUUCGUGUACCAGUGGGAUUCGGACAAGGAGAACGACACUGGAGUGGUCAGCCAGACCUUGUCCUGUGAUGUGCAGGGGCAAGGCAUAUCAAGCUAUGCCAACAAUCCCCCUGAAGCUGGCAAUUCCCUAAGGGAGUGCUUGGAUAAAGCCCUGCAGGUUAUUCCUGCUGAGAAGCAGAGGGAUGUCCCAGCUUAUCUUGGAGCCACGGCUGGCAUGAGGCUGCUGAGGGAACAGAACAGCUCAGCAACAGAGCAGGUCCUGGCUGAGGUUGCUAAAACCAUGCAGGAGUACCCUGUGGCUUUCAAAGGAGCUCGGAUCCUCACAGGAGAGGAGGAGGGGGCCUAUGGCUGGAUCACCAUCAACUACCUGCUGGACUCCUUCACCAAGUACUCUCCCAAGGCACACACCUGGCUUCAUCCGGAGGCAGCCAACAUUUUUGGGGCGCUGGAUCUUGGAGGAGCAUCCACUCAAAUCACCUUUAUGCCCAAAGGUUCAGUACUGAGCCAGAAUGAAGCCUCUGAGCUGACCCUGUAUGGGUACAGCUACAAGAUCUACACUCACAGCUACCUCUGCUACGGGCAGGACGAGAUGCUGAAGCGGCUGGCGAAGGAAUUGAUUGUGGAGUCGUUCCCCAGCACACGGGUCCAGCACCCCUGCUACCCCGAGGGCUACAAGGAGACCGUGUCGCUGUCCUCCCUCCGCGCCAGCCCCUGCACGGGCAGCGACCCGCGCCUGGCCCUGGGCGACAGCGCGGUCACCCUGGCGGGCCGGGGCAACGCCAGCGCCUGCCUGGCCGCCCUCAGGAGCCUCUUCAGCUUCUCGGCGUGUGGCCAGAGCCAGCCCUGCGCCUUCGACGGCGUCCCCCAGCCCCCGCUCCGGGGACAGUUCAUCGCCUUCUCUGCCUUCUACUAUAACUUCAAGUUCCUGAACCUGACGGAGGGGCAGCCGCUGGCCGCAGUCAGAGAGGCCAUUGAGGGGCUCUGCAGCAGGAGCUGGCAGGAUCUCUCUUCCAGCUACCCCACAGAGAAUCCCAAGCGACUGCCGAAAUACUGUGCCAACGCCAACUACAUCCUCACCCUCCUGCUCGAUGCCUACAAGUUCAACGAGACCAGCUGGAACAACAUCUGCUUCCAGAUGAAGGCUGGGGAUGCUGACGUGGGCUGGACGCUGGGGUACAUGCUGAACCUCACCAACAUGGUCCCGGCCGAGGCUCCAGCCAGGCUGAAGGGCCACAGGUCUUCCCUGUGGGCUGCAGCCAUCGCCUUCAUCAUCCUCACCCUCGUCUUGGGGCUUGCUGCCCUGCUCCUGCAGCUGUGGGUGUAG